UGGCAACGUCGUUAGAUGCCGCCAAUAAAAUUAAAAACAAAUUUAUUGAAAUCUUAAGAAAAAUGCGACGUAGCUUGGCUCCUAGCCAAAAUCGAUCUGUAAAACUGCGUCCAAGUUGCGAUUUUACGCCGCCCCUUCAAAAUAAAAGAAUUCGUAGUUGUCAAGAGCAGCUUGAUCGAAAACAGAAACAAAAUAAACGGGUAGUACCAUUAAGUGAAUAUGAGCUCGCUAUUGCCAAAGUACUUUCGCGUCCAUUCAGAGUUCCAAUUGCGGAUUAUGUGCCAGAUUACAAUGGAGGUAACCGGUGUCUUGGCAUGCGACGUAGCAAUGUACGAAAAGCAUUACAUGACCCACAAGCAUGUAAUGCUUUAGUCCUGUAUACACCUCCAAAUUAUACAGAACAUGAACGUCUCACAAUGGAUUCGAACAAAAUACAGGUACAUGUCGUUGUCGAUCCCCUAUUAAGCAAUAUUCUCAGGCCACAUCAACGGGAGGGAGUACGUUUUAUGUAUGAAUGUGUAGAAGGCCAUCGAGGGACAUUCAAUGGUUGUAUAAUGGCUGAUGAAAUGGGGUUGGGCAAGACCUUACAAUGCGUUACGUUGGUUUGGACGUUACUGCGUCAGGGUCCAUAUUGUAAACCUGCUAUUUCUAAGGCUAUCGUUGUAUCUCCGUCCUCAUUGGUAAAAAAUUGGGAAAAGGAGUUUAAUAAAUGGUUGCACGGACGCUUGCAUUGUCUUGCCAUUGAAGGUGGUUCAAAAGAAGAUACCAUACGCGCUCUAGAACAAUUUAUAGUUGAUAGUGGUCAACGCUGUGGUACACCAGUACUUUUAAUAAGUUAUGAGACGUUUCGAAUAUACGCAAAUAUACUGUGUAGAAACGAAAUGGGCAUGGUUAUCUGUGAUGAGGGGCACCGCUUGAAGAAUAGUGACAAUUUGACAUAUCAAGCGCUAAUGGGAUUAAAGACGAAACGGCGAGUUUUGCUCUCAGGAACACCAAUACAAAAUGACCUUACAGAAUAUUUUAGUUUAGUAAAUUUUGUAAAUCCCGCCAUGUUGGGCUCAGCCGCCGAUUUCAAGAGGAAUUUCGAAAAUCCUAUAUUACGUGGUCAAAAUGCAGACUCUACAGAUAAAGAGCGUGAACGAGCUGUAGAGAAAACACAAGAACUAAUUCGCCUAGUGAAUACAUGUAUUAUACGACGCACCAAUCAGAUACUCACAAAAUAUUUACCAGUUAAAUUUGAAAUGGUAAUCUGUGCUAAACUAAGUGGUACACAAAUGAAUUUGUAUAGAAAUUUUAUUAAGUCUGAUAAAAUCAGAAGAAGCUUAGCCGAUUGCAAUGAAAAGGCUUCAUUAACUGCGCUCGCUGAUAUUACUACGCUGAAAAAACUGUGCAGUCAUCCGGAUCUUAUUUAUGAAAAGGUUUUGGCACGCGAAAAUGGAUUUGAAAACUCGCAUGAUUUGUUCCCCUCAAAUUAUAAUCCCAAAGAUUUCAGUCCCGAGAUGAGUGGCAAGUUUAUGCUGCUUGACUUUAUGUUAGCUUCAAUACGGGCAAAUAGUGAUGACAAAGUGGUGCUUAUAUCGAAUUAUACGCAAACGUUGGAAUUAUUCGAGAAACUAGCACGAAAAAGAAAAUACAGCUAUGUCCGGCUCGAUGGUUCUAUGACAAUAAAGAAGCGCAGUAAAGUAGUGGAUAAAUUUAAUGAUCCUGAAUCUGACUGUUUUCUCUUCAUGUUGAGUUCGAAAGCUGGUGGUUGUGGCUUAAAUUUAAUUGGAGCUAAUCGUCUCUUCAUGUUUGAUCCCGAUUGGAACCCCGCAAACGAUGAGCAGGCAAUGGCUCGGGUUUGGCGUGAUGGUCAAAAAAAGCCAUGUUAUAUAUAUCGUUUGGUAGCCACUGGCUCGAUUGAAGAGAAAAUUUUGCAACGACAGACUCAUAAAAAAUCAUUAUCGAGCACAAUAAUUGAUAAUAAUGAAAGCAAUGAGAAACAUUUCACACGUGAAGAUCUUAAGGAUCUUUUCCGUUACGAUGCUGAUAUCUUGUCCGAUACACAUAUUAAGUUAAAGUGUAAACGUUGUGUUAAUAAUAUACAAAUGCAACCGCCCCCUGAAGAUAGCGACUGCACUGUACAUUUAUCUCACUGGUAUCACUGUUCCAACAACAAAGGGCUGCCGGACACCAUUUUAUCCCAGGCAUGGCUCUCGAGUAAAUGCGUCUCCUUUGUCUUCCAUCACCGGUCGCAAGGAGAGGUAAAAGUAAAAGAAUGCAGGGAUAAGGAAAAUAUAUCGGGUCAUUGCAAUAGUGCCAAAAAUAAUAGAAAUCAUAAUGAGUGCGAGGAUAUUGAUUCUGACUAUGAACCGGAAGACCAAGCUGAUAGUGAUUACGCGUAACCUUAAUUUAAAUCUGAAAUUUGAAAGCGAAAAAGGUGUACAAAUCUAUGUAUAUAAUUUUUUCAAUUAACUUCUUCACCAACCAUAAUAUGUGACUUCGCUUUUCUUCUGAUUUCGUGUAUCAUUGUGAUUGGUGCAUAAUUAUGAUUAAAACCCAAGAACGAGGAUUCUUUUGUCGCCUAAAUCGGUGUUCGAAGGAAACCUGUCGCUUCAGCUGCUGUAGCGGCAGAAUACUGCCGCUCGAGUUUGGGUGGCAAGCUUUGUGUUCUUUUUCACGACAGUUUGAUGCACCGGGUAAACAAAAUGCGGAAAAUCGUUGUUGGACCCUAUGCUCGCGUUAACGGAAUCUGCGGCAUUAAAAGAACAUUUGACGAAAAUGAGCGACAAAAGAGUCCGCAUGUAACCCAGUCUAAUACUGUGAACCAAUAAAGUGAUUGAUGUAGUAAAAAGUAAACUUUGUGACAAUUUUAUCGCACAUAAUUUUGUAUCCCGAAAUGGAGCAGUU